CUCAUUGGACUCUUCAUAUCAUGGACAUGUUUGGCCCAAGGCAGCUGGUAUCUACUCUCCUGCCUGCAGUUUUCCAUUCGCCUGCAGCUCACUUUUUCCCAGCAUUCCCAACCAGACUGAGCUCCCAACCUCAGAUCCUGAUCCCGGGGCCUUUUAUCAGCUAUGAAUCCUUAAGGAGUUAUCUGCAGCCGGAGCCAUGCAAGGAGGCUUUGCUGCUGGCCACACAUGCGGUUGGGAUGGGGCCACUCACAGGGGGCAUAGAUGAACAGAGGCCAGUGAAGCAGCGUCGCGCGCGGGCCAACUACAGCAGCUGGCAGUUGGAGGAGCUGGAGAAGGCCUUCGAGACCACCCACUACCCCGACAUCUUCAUGAGGGAAGCCCUGGCUGUCAGACUGGACCUCAUCGAGGCCAGAGUGCAGGUCUGGUUUCAGAACCGGCGUGCCAAGAUGAGACGACAGCUGAAACUGCAGGGCCAGCUCACCGGUCAUUAUACAAACAGAGACAUUGAUGAAACGUCUGAGAAACCAAGCAGAAGUUUAAAACAGCAGACGGAGAGUUCUGACAGCGAGCACUGGGAGAGACGACAGGAAGGAGACAACAAUCCAUGGACAAAAGCUGCAUGUGCUGCUCUGAGUGUGCGUGUGCAGCCUGUGACCCCCAGGCCGGGGAAGUGGGAGAAACCAGAGGGGCUAAGCUCAGAGGAGCUCCGCUCCUGCAGCAUUGCCAAGCUGAGAGCCAAAGCCCGAGAGCACGAGGCUGAGAUCCACAGCACUGUGAACACGUCAGGAGGAGACACACAAACACAGGAAGCUGAUGCCACGCAUGAUGAUUGAUCGCUUAACAAUCUUCCUGUUUGUGCAGAUAAUCUUAGCCAGGAGAACACUCUUUAUUUUUACAAUGCUCAAAACCUACUUUUCAGGCAUCAUUCCUUUUUUUGUUUUCUUUGUCAAAUGUUCACCUUUUUUUCUUUCCUUUUUAACAUUAUAAACAAAAAUUUACUGAUCUCUGUUUUGAUUUUUAUUUCAGUUAAGACUUUUGUGACAUUUCUGGC